AUCAAGGUGUACAUAAUAAUUGUAUUUAAAAAUAAACCUCGAAAUAAAUCAAAUCAAAUAAAGAAAUUAUUGUAAAGAAUGUGGCACGUACUUUUCAAUUAUUGUGCAAACAUAGUUUGUACUCUUCUCUGCCUAUUUCUUGUACGCAUUUUUAUUGUUUAUCAGAGGAUACAUAAACCGAUGAAAAUAAUGCCGCGUGCAAAUUCUAACCCAGCGAAACUGAUGGUGGUUUUAGGUUCUGGUGGCCAUACAUUUGAGAUGCUACAUCUUUUGAAGCAUAUAGGACCCAAAUUCAGGCCUAGAAUUUAUAUUAUUGCCGAUUCAGAUAUUUUGAGUGAAAAAAAAGUUUUAUCUCUGGAAACUAUGCCCGUAACGGAUGCGUACACAAUUGAAAAGAUACCACGUAGCAGAGAAGUGGGCCAAUCAUGGAUUUCAUCAGUCAUGACUACAUUCGUCUCAUUUUUGAAGUGCCUUCAACUAGUCUUCAAACAUAAGCCAGAUGCUAUCCUCAACAAUGGGCCGGGCACCUGUGUUCCUGUAUGUGUCGCAGCAUUUCUGUCUCAUGUCCUGGGUGUGAAACACAUAAAGAUCAUUUAUGUGGAAAGCAUCUGUCGAGUCAAAACCAUGUCCUUAUCGGGUAAAAUACUGUACCCCAUCGCCGAUUACUUUCUGGUGCAAUGGCCGCAGCUGAAAGAGAAAUAUCCUCGCUCCAGAUAUCUCGGGAAGUUGAUGUAAGAACUCCGUUCAAUCGAAGAAGUGCAAAGUGCUCUAAGGACCUUUA